GCGAAAGAGACAAUCAGGGGGUUCCUCCCUCCCCUCUCCCAGCAUCUAGGGGAGGGUCGCAUGUUCCUGUUUGGGGAGGAGAGUGGUGGGCUGGGGAAAAGGCUCCUUUGCAGAUUUCUGCACAGCAAACCGCCGCUGAAAAGGUGCGCCAGACGACUCUGCUGCCAUAUUAUUAUUGUUAUUAGAAGAAUUCACGUGAAAAGGUUGGAAUAGGCAAUGCUGCGAUAUUGUCAUGUUGAUGCCGUAUUACCGUUGUUUUAUUUGACGGCUGUGCUGCUGUACAAUCAUGUUUAUUCCUGCGUAUUAUUUGAUUUUACAAAUUCGUUCACACCAAUAAUAUUCUUGCACAUAUUAGAAUUUUACACAAGAUUCUUCCGAAUCUUAGGACUCCCCCCACCCUCAUGGGUUCUUUAAGUAACCUUUUUAGCUGCAUAUUUUAGGUCAAUCCAAUUUACAGUCCUCCAUUGUAUCCAAAUCAUACUUAUUCUUAUGAAGACAGCCAUGCAGCUGUAUUACUGCUGGAAAAGGUGCUUUGUUGUUGUUGUAUUAUUAUUAUUAUUAUUGCUUGAAAAGGUGCUUUGUUAUUGUUGUUGCUGUUGUUAUGUAUGAUAAUCAUCCAUAUUGUCCUGGCCUCAAAUGAUGAGUUGUCAAGGAGAAGGCGAAGAAUUGAUUUGUGUUGACUUCGCAAACUGCGGCAGCUUGAAAGGGAAGAAGCAACACAAUGCACAGAACAGCCUCCUGCCUUAUCUAGUGACAUGUUGUUUAGGUUGUUUUACAGGUUUGGGCAAUUAAGCGGCAUGGAGGGAUCACUAGCCAGCAUCUUUGGGGCCUUUGCCGUGAUGUUAGCAGAGCCUCUUCUGCCCUGUGCCCUGGCUCCUUAUUUUGGAGGCAACAAACCCUGCAAUUAUAAUUACUGCACGACCCCCAGGGCCCCUUUCGACUCUGGGAACUGUAGCACAACAAGGAGAGAAUAGGGGAUGCCCUAAAACUCUGAGCACCGUUAACAAAUCAUAGUUCCCAGGAUACUUUGUGGGGAUAUAUCUUCUUCGGCGAUCACUCGUAACCGAGUAAGAUUGUCUUCUAUAAACACAGUUUUAACAGUGAGUCUGUAAGUGACUGUGGAGGCCAAUUCUGGAUGCACACGUCCUUCCACAGUGGGGACAUUGGUUUCCGGGUGGGAGAUGAUCACGGUGUGGAUUUGCCAAACAUGCCUUCCUCUUAGCACGCUUCUCCCUUGCAUCCUGAGUUCGAGUGUCUUCAAAGCCCAUGACACCUUUGGUAAAGGCUGUUCUCCAACUGGAGCACUCGCAGGCCAGUGUUUCCCAGUUGUCAGUGUGUAUACUACAUUUUUUAAGAUUUGCCUUGAGACAGUCUUUGAACCUCCUUUGUUGACCACCAGCAUUAUGCUUUCCAUUUUUAAGUUUGGAAUAGAGUACAGUGGUACCUCGGGUUAAAUACGCUUCAGGUUACAUACGCUUCAGGUUACAGACUCUGCUAACCCAGAAAUAGUACCUCGGGUUAAGAACUUUGCUUCAGGAUGAGAACAGAAAUCGUGCUGUGGCGGUGCAGUGGCAACAGGAGGCCCCAUUAGCUAAAGUAGUGCUUCAGGUUAAGAACAGUUUCAGGUUAAGAACGGACCUCCGGAACGAAUUAAGUACGUAACCAGAGGUUCCACUGUAGUUGCUUUGGAAGACGAUCAUCAGGCAUCCGCACAACAUGACCAGUCCAGCGAAGUUGAUGUUGAAGAAUCAUUGCUUCAACACUGGUGAUCUUUGCUUCUUCCAGUACACUGGGAUUAGUUCGUCUGUCUUCCCAAGUGAUGUGUAAAAUUUUUCGGAGACACUGUUGCUGGAAUCUUUCGAGGAGUUGGAGAUGGUGUUUAUAAGUGGUCCAUGAUCCUGAUAUAUAUGUGUACAGUGGUGCCUCGCAAGACGAAAUUAAUUCGUUCCGCGAGUUUUGUCGUCUUGCAAUUUUUUUCGUCUUGCGAAGCACGGUGUCGGGAAAGUUUUGGAAAAGCUUCAAAAAUCACCAAAGUCUUUAAAAACCUCAAAAAAGGCUACCACACCGCGUUCUAUGAGUUGCUCCUCGAAGUCAAGUCACAACUGUAUUAACGGUGUUAAGAAAAAGGAAACAAACUUGCAAGACGUUUCCGUCUUGCGAAGCAAGCCCAUAGCGAAAAUCGUCUUGCGAAGCAGCUCAAAAAACAAAAAAACCUUUCGUCUAGCGAGUUUUUUGUCUUGCGAGGCAUUCGUCUUGCGAGGUACCACUGUACAGGGGCAGGGGUCUGGCAAACAUCCUCACUUUUGACUUCCUGACUUUUCCUGAAGACAUUUUUUUUUAAUGCUAACAGGCCUUUGUAGCUGUUUGACUUCUACAGUGGUACCUCUGGAUACGAACUUAGUUACCCUGAAACAUUCGUAUCCAGAGGUGCGCUGAUCUGCGCAGACGUGGGUGGUGGAAACCUUUCCUUUACUUCCGGGUUUGCCACGUGCGUAGCCCGAAGCAUUCGCAAAGUGGGUGGUUCGUAUCCAGAGGUACCACUGUAUUCUGAAUUAGCUGGUCACUUUACUUUUUUUUAAAAAACAGUGUUUUAUGUUUUAACAGUGCCUUGGCACUUCAUGAUGCAGCAACGAAAAAAGAUAGGAUUUUGUACAAUGCAUAAAAUAAAUGUCAGUCGAUCUAUCAGGAAUUAUGGCCAUGAGCAGUGUUUUUUUUCCUGGGGGUACACAAGGGUUACACAUACCGCUAAACAUUUUGUGAAUCUUUGUACUUUUGUCCAUUUACUGUAUUUAUUUCCCCCAAUUUGAGCUAUAAAAUGGAGUCAAAAUGAGAGUACCCCUAAACAUUUUUUUAGGAAAAAAGCACUGGCCAUGAGUAACUUGGGCCCAUUUAUUUUGAUGGGUUUGCUCUAAAUUCUGCUGGAUUUUUGGCUUUUAGGUUCUAAUUUUGUUGUAAUAGAGACCCUGUUCAUUUAAUCGUACGUGGUACACACCACUUAAGGGACUUUUGAAAUGUUAAAUGGUUUCUAAAUCCAUUUAAUUGAAUAGACCUGGAGCAGACCAGGAAGCUCUUAAUCUCAGGGUUGUGGGUUUGAGCCCCACAUCAGGCAAAAGAUUCUUGCCUUUUUUACGAUUCUGUGAUCUUUCUUUGCUAUACCCAGGGAGCUACCCCUAGAAUGUGGCAGCAUCAACCGCCACGACUCUCUGGGUUACUCUGAGUCCCUCGGGCUGCCAGCCGAGGUGGAACCGGCAUGAAAAUGGACCCAGGAAGCUGUCUGCAAGGGGAGGCGCUGGACGGCAGCGGCAAGGACCCCCGUGAGACCGUCGGUGAAGUCGUCCAAAAAACACCAGACGCAACCUUAGUUAAACAAGAGCCCUGCGAGGGUUUGCUUCAGCACUGGGAAGCCCAGUGGCAGGAGUUCCUGAAGAUGGUGGAGGCCCCUCAGCCCCUCAGCCCCACUGGCCCGUUGCCGGAGGAGCCCAAGCCAUGGGGCGACCCCAAGGCCUUCCUGGCCACCUUUGAGCAAGUGGCCGAAGCCUGCUGGUGGCCCCGGGAGGAGUGGGCAGCCCGGCUCCUGCCGGCCCUCGGCGGUGGAGCCAAGCAGGCUUUCCUUGCACUCAAAGCCCGAGACAGAGAGGAUUAUGGGAAAGUGAAGGCGGCGAUCUUGCGCUGGGAUGCCCUGAGACAGGAGAAGCAGCGGCAGCGGUUCAGGGGCUUCUGCUACCAGCAGGCCAAAGGACCGAGGGGGGCUCACAGGCAGCUCCAGGACCUUUGCCAGGCGUGGCUGAAGAUCGAGAGGCACUCCAAGGAGCAGAUCCUGGAGCUGUUGGUCCUGGAGCAGCUCCUGGCCAUCCUUCCGGCCGAUGUCCAGAGCUGGGUCAGGCAGUGGGGGCCGGAGACGUGCGCCCAGGCGGUGGCCCUGGCUGAGGACUUCCUUCAGAAGGAUGCCGAAAGGAUGGAGAAGCAGGUGAGGAGUAAAAUAUAAUAAUAAUAAUAAUAAUAAUAAUAAUAAUAAUAAUAAUAAUAAUAAUUUAUUAUUUAUACCCCGCCCAUCUGGCUGGGUCUCCCCAGCCACCCUGGGCGGCUUCCAACAAAGUAUUAGAAUCAUAGAAUCAUAGAAUCAUAGAAUCAUAGAGUUGGAAGAGACCACAAGGGCCAUCGAGUCCAACCCCCUGCCAAGCAGGAAACACCAUCAGAGCACUCCUGACAUAUGGUUGUCAAGCCUCUGCUUAAAGACCUCCAAAGGAGGAGACUCCACCACACUCCUUGGCAGCAAAUUCCACUGUCGAACAGCUCUUACUGUCAGGAAGUUCUUCCUAAUGUUUAGGUGGAAUCUUCUUUCUUGUAGUUUGGAUCCAUUGCUCCGUGUCCGCUUCUCUGGAGCAGCAGAAAACAAGCUUUCUCCCUCCUCUAUGUGACAUCCUUUUAUAUAUUUGAACAUGGCUAUCAUAUCACCCCUUAACCUCCUCUUCUCCAGGCUAAACAUGCCCAGCUCCCUUAGCCGUUCCUCAUAAGGCAUCGUUUCCAGGCCUUUGACCAUUUUGGUUGCCCUCCUCUGGACACGUUCCAGUUUGUCAGUGUCCUUCUUGAACUGUGGUGCCCAGAACUGGACACAGUACUCCAGGUGAGGUCUGACCAGAGCAGAAUACAGUGGCACUAUUACUUCCCUUGAUCUAGAUGCUAUACUCCUAUUGAUGCAGCCCAGAAUUGCAUUGGCUUUUUAGCUGCCGCGUCACACUGUUGGCUCAUGUCAAGUUUGUGGUCAACCAAGACUCCUAGAUCCUUUUCACAUGUACUGCUCUCAAGCCAGAUGUCACCCAUCUUGUAUUUGUGCCUCUCAUUUUUUUUGCCCAAGUGCAAUACUUUACCUUUCUUCCUGUUAAAAUUCAUCUUGUUUGUUUUUGCCCAGUUCUCUAAUCUGUCAAGGUCGUUUUGAAGUGUGAUCCUGUCCUCUGGGGUGUUAGCCACCCCUCCCAGUUUGGUGUCAUCUGCAAAUUUGAUCAGGAUGCCCUUGAGUCCAUCAUCCAAGUCGUUGAUAAAGAUGUUGAAUAAGACCGGGCCCAAGACAGAACCCUGUGGCACCCCACUAGUCACUCUUCUCCAGGAUGAAGAGGAACCAUUGAUAAGCACCCUUUCGGUUCGGUCAGUUAGCCAGUUACAAAUCCACUGAGUGGUAGCAUAGUCAAGACCGCAUUUUACCAGCUUCUUUACAAGAAUAUCAUGGGGCACCUUGUCAAAUGCCUUGCUGAAAUCAAGGUAGGCUACAUCCACUGCGUUCCCUUCAUCUACCAGGCUUGUAAUUCUGUCAAAAAAAGAGAUCAGGUUAGUCUGACAUGACUUAUUUUUCAGAAAUCCAUGCUGACUAUUGGUGAUCACAGCAUUCCUUUCUAGGUCUCACAGACUGUUUGCUUAAUGAUCUGCUCCAGAAUCUUCCCUGGUAUUGAUGUCAGACUGACUGGGCGGUAAUUAUUUGGGUCCUCUCUUUUCCCCUUUUGAAAAUAGGGACAACAUUUGCCCUCCUCCAGUCUGCCGGGACUUCGCCUGUUCUCCAGGAAUUCUCAAAGAUGACUGCCAGUGGUUCUGAGAUCACCUCUGCCAGUUCUUUUAAUACUCUUGGAUGCAGUUCAUCUGGCCCUGGAGACUUGAAUACGUCUAAACUAGCCAAGUAUUCUUGUACUAUCUCCUUAGUUAUUCUGGGCUGUUUUUCCUCUGCUGAAUCAUUUGCUCCAAAUUCUUCAGGUCGGGCAUUGUUUUCUUUAUCGGAGAAGACUGAGGCAAAGAAGGCAUUGAGGAGUUCAGCCCUUUCUGUGUCCCCUGUUUGAAGUCGGCUUUCUUAAAGUCAAGAAAUUGAGUCCUAGUAUGCUUGGCUGCUCCUUUCCGCUGUAUAGUAAACUUCAGAAGAGAAUGAUCACUCAUGCCUAAUGAUCCUUCCACUUCUACCCCACUAACCAUGUCAUCAACAUUAGUUAGGACCAGAUCUAAAAUGGCUGUUCCUCUUGUUGCUUCUCCCAGUUUCUGUACAGUGAAGUUGUCUGCAAGGCCAGGGAGGAAUCUGUUUGACCUUAUGCUCUUGGCUGAGUUUGACAUCCAACAAAUAUCCGGGUAAUUGAAGUCCCCCAUUACUACUAUCUCCCUUCCUUUUGCAUGCUUGGCCAUCUGUUCCAGGAAGGCAGCAUCUAUGUCCUCCAUUUGGCUUGGGGAUCUAUAGUAAACUCCCACAAUGAGGUCACUGUUAUUCUUCUCUCCCUUAAUUUUGACCCUAAUGCUCUCACUUUGGCUUUGAGGUUCUAAAUCUUGGAUCUCUUCACAGGUAUACACAUCCCUGACAUAUAGCGCCACUCCUCCUCCUUUCUUGUCUGGUCUGUUUCUCUGAAAUAGAUUGUAUCCCUCCAUUAUUACAUUCCAAUCGUGGGACUUAUCCCACCAGGUUUCAGUGAUGCCUAUUAUGUCAUAUUUAGUUUGCUGUACCAAGAGCUCAAGCUCAUCUUGUUUAUUUCCCAUGCUUUGCGCAUUAGUGUACAGACACUGAAGUCCAUUAAUCAUUCCCCCGUGACUCUUAUCUAAGGAUUUUUUCCUCCCACCACUAGGUCUGCGUGCUGUUUGCUCCAUUUGGUCUAUGACAUUUGGAUGAUCAUCUUCAUCAAUUGAUAGACUCCUACCUUCAGGAGCACUGUCUCCCUCCCCCACAUUAGUCAGUUUAAAGCCCUCCUGAUGAGGUUUCUGAGAUUUUUGGCAAAAACAUUUCUCCCAACCGUUGUGAGGUGCAGCCCAUCGCUUGCCAGAAGUCCAUCUUCAAGAAACUGCAGUCCGUGAUCUAAGAAUCCAAACCGUUCCUGUUUACACCAUUUGCGAAGCCAGCUGUUCACUUCCACUAUUUUUCCCUCUCUCCCUGGGCCACGUCGUUCAACUGGGAGGACAGAUGAGAUGACAAUUUGUGCAUUUAAUUGCUUCAAUUUCCUGCCCAGAGCCUCGUAGUCUCUUUUGAUCUUCUGGAGGCUAUUGCUUGCAGUGUCAUUGGUUCCCACAUGAACCAAGAGGAGGGGGUAUUUGUCAGUGGGUUUUAUGAUUCCUUGCAGUCGUUCAGUUACAUCUUGGAUCUUAGUCCCGGGGAGACAGCACACUUCCCGAGACAUCUUGUCAGGCCCACAGAUCACUGCUUCUGUUCCCCUCAGUAGGGAAUCCCCUAUCACCACUACACGCCUCCUCUUAGGUUUGGUCGGGGUUCUUCCGUGAGCUGUCCGUUCCAAGGUCGCCUGUACAUUCCCUGAAGACUGACUUUGCUGCUCAUCUUCAUAUACCUGAUCGACUGUAAUGAGGGAGGGAGAGAUCCUCAAAUGGAGUCUGCUCUUCGUCUUCCAUGCUAGGGGAGAGGACCUCAAAGCGAUUGUGUAUUUCUAAACAAUACACAGUUGGUCCACCCUGCUUUAAAUUGUUGCUCUCGCCUGUUUCCAGGUGCUGACUCUCCUCGCAGAGGCGGCCGUCAGUUUCACGGGGCCAAGCCAGGAUCCUGCAGAUGCCGACCAGAAACAGCUCAGCGUGGCAGCCAAGCAGGAGGACUGUGGCAGCGGAGAGGCCGGUCUCCUAGGUGAGCAUUGUUACCUGCCUGACUUCCUGGCGGGAGGGAAGAAAAUCCCAGCAGAGCUCAGUCCGGUGAGGCGUUCCCAAAGUAAAGGAAGGAUUGAACUCUGAUUAAUAAGAAUACACACAGAGGCUUGAACCAGCAAGACUCUGGGAAGGGUGCAUAUAAUAAUCUCUGCCUCUCCACCCCCUGGCCCAGGUCGUUUUAUUCACAAAAGAACUUUUUAUAAAGUGUUCGUAAGAACCAAUCAGAUUUCUUCUGAGCAUUUCAACAAACCUCAUGUGGGGACAAAGUUAAACUACCAAAACUAAUUAAGCACUCAUAUUUCUGGGGUAAACAAAACAGAACUACAAAGGAGUUCAUUUGGCAACCCCGGAGGUGAUAAAUAAGCAAUAUACAUGAUAAGAUGGAUGGCUAGGAAGACAGCGAUCAUUAUCACCUUCAUGUGAGAUCUGUUUCCUGGCCCUAAGAUCAUCAUCCUGAGAUUAACAUAUCAGAAAGGCUACAUCAAAGAAGCUGCCCGCUAUCUUUCACAGCCCAGGAUGCAUGAUGCAGCAACGGGCACCUGGCUGUGUACGUGACUUGUCAAGCAGGAGAAAUGGAACAGGGAUGCAGAGGUAUUUUGUUCUGAAUGGGACAAUGACAAUAAAGAUUAUCAUAUGAAGGUUCUUUUCUGAUGUUCUCAUUUCAAAAUCUGGUUUCAUUGCCCCGGCCCCUGCCCUUCGCUAGGGCUGACCGUACGUUUGUGAUUGGGAUGACUCUCUUUUUCCCUAGCCGCUGAAGGCUGUGUUGACGCUUGCGAAGAAGCAAAAUACACCCCAGGCGGUCUGGAGCAAUUGGGGCUUCAUGGAAUGUCUCCAGAGAGGGCAGAGCAGAGCAUUUCCCCAUGGAAUAAGCAGGAGAAUCGGCACAUGAGAGAGAGCCAUCAGAAGAUCGACCCAGAGAAGACCACAUGUGGUUCCAUUGCUUUUAGAGGAGAUGUCAAUGAAGUUGGCGAUGUCACGGUCCAGCAAAGAAUCUCCAACGGUAAGAAAUGGGACACAUAUUCGAUGGGUGUUACUCGACGUAGGUAAAGGUAAAGGGACCCCUGACCGUUAGGUCCAGUCAUGGCCGACUCUGGGGUUGCGGCGCUCAUCUCGCUUUACUGGCCGAGGGAGCUGGCGUACAGCUUCUGGGUCAUGUGGCCAGCAGGACUAAGCCGCUUCUGGAGAAGCAGAGCAGCGCACGGAAACGCCGUUUACCUUCCCGCCAGAGCGGUACCUAUUUAUCUACUUGCACUUUGACGUGCUUUCGAACUGCUAGGUUGGCAGGAGCAGGGACCGAGCAACGGGAGCUCACCCCGUCGCGGGGAUUCGAACCGCCGACCUUCUGAUCGGCAAGUCCUAGACUCUGUGGUUUAACCCACAGCGCCACCCGCGUCACUACUUGACUUAAGUUUCACUCAAAGUAGAAAUUAACGGACCUAACUUAGCUUCAUUCAUCAGCGGGUCUACUCGGAGUAAAAUGCGAUUGAAUAUUACCCACUGCUUGUGAGAAAAUACAGUCAUACCUCAUGUUAUGUUUGCUUCAUUCAAAUUAAUAAGCAAAAAUACUCGUAAUACCUGCUGCUGGGAACUCUAGGUGGUUGGUUCUCGCUGUCCUCAUACAUGCCUCUUUCCUUUCCUUCUUUUUUCCAUGUUCUGUUAGACGGCAGGCAGGCGAGAGCAUUUGAAGGGAAGCACGGUUGCCUGGGGAGUCUGGAGCAAGCGGAAUGGUACCCGCUCCCUCCUGGGCGCCAAGGAAACGACCCCCCGCUCUCAGGGCACAAAAGAGCCCCAGCUCAGAAAGCGCCCUACCGGUGCGGCGAGUGCGGGAAGAGCCUCAGCCGCAAGGACAACCUGACCCGGCACCAGCAGAUGCACGAGGGGAAGAAGAAGCCCCACCAGUGCUCCUCCUGCCCCAAGACCUUCCGGGAUAAGUCUCACCUGAUCCGCCACGAGAGGAUCCACACGGGGGAGAAGCCCUUCCGCUGCGCCGCCUGCGGCAAGAGCUUCAGCUGCAACUCCUACCUGGUGGUGCACGAGAGGAUCCACACGGGCGAGAAGCCGUACGCCUGCGCCGCCUGCGGCAAGAGCUUCAGCUGCAACUCGUACCUCCUGCGCCACCGGCGCAUGCACACGGGCGACCGGCCCUACAAGUGCGCCGCGUGCGGGAAGCGCUUCGCCUGCAGCUCCAACCUCAUCCUUCACAGGAGGACCCACACGGGCGAGAGGCCCUACGAGUGCGCCUCCUGCCCCAAGACUUUCCGCCAGAGGUCUCACCUGAUCUUCCACGAGAGGAUCCACACCAAGGAGAAGCCCUUCCAGUGCCUCGCCUGCGGGAAGAGCUUUGGGCGCAACGCCCAGCUGGCGCAGCACAAGAGGAGCCACACGGGGGAGAAGCUCCACAAAUGCUCCGUCUGCGCCAAGCGCUUCAGCUGCGUCUCCUACCUCAUCCAGCACGCGAGGAUCCACCAGCGGGACAAGCCGCACAAGUGCCCCGACUGCGGGAAGAGCUUCCGCCGGAGCGCCGAGCUCUCCUCGCACCGCAGGAUCCACACGGGGGAGAAGCCGUACUGCUGCUUCGAGUGCGGGAAGACCUUUGGCUGGAGCGCGGGCCUCACCUCGCACCGGCGGACCCACACGGGCGAGAAGCCCCACAAAUGCGCGGCCUGCGGGAAAUGCUUCAGCCGCAAGCGGCUCCUCCUCGCGCACAGUAGAGUCCACGUCGGGGAGAAGCCCCAUGAGCGCUCUUGA